UAAUGAUUGGGGGUACGUCGACGUGUCAUAUGUUACUCACCGACAAAGAAGUGUUCGUGGACGGCAUCUGGGGACCAUAUUACGGUGCCAUGGUACCGGGCUUCUGGCUUCUAGAAGGCGGCCAAUCAGCCACGGGCAAACUGAUCGAUCAUGUAAUCAGCACUCAUCCUGCCGCCAAACAUUUGAACGUCACAGAUGACCUGAGAGCGGAAGACUACCUGAACGGGUUACUCGUGAAAAUGGCCGCUGACAAAGGUUUGGAUGCGAUCGAUAUGUUGACAGAAGACUUUCACGUAUAUCCUGACUUCCACGGAAACCGAUCCCCCAUAGCGGAUCUCACACUUAAAGGAAUGAUGGUCGGGUUGACGCUAUCCGUGGACCAAGAGAACUUGGCACUUAUUUAUCUGGCAACGAUACAGGCGCUGUGU